UUUACUUCUAAUAUGCAUUAGUAAGUAGAGAAAUGAAUUUUAGUUGAAAAGAUUCUGGAGGAAAAAGGUCAAAAGCAAAGAGAGAAACCAUUUUAAGAGUCGGUAACGGGUCGGGUUCAUUCAGACUGGUUCGGACUCUGGAUUGUGUCUUGGAUUUGGCAUAGCAUCUGAUCUGAGUCGCUUACUCCGUUUUUGAUUGACCGAAAUUUGGAAAUGCCGGUGAGAGUGGCAGAGAGCUCCGCCCCUUCUCAACUUUCAGGUUCAAAUUGUGGACAGACCUCUCCCCCAGCUUGCUCACUUUUAAGCGUUGGACAGGCCUUCUCCGGCACUCAGAAUGUGUCUAGUCUGCAAAAGGACGAAGCUUGGAGAGUAAAUGUUCGUAUACAGGGCUGUGACCUUGAACAUGGUUAUCUAUGUGGAACCAUGGAAGCCCUUAAUGUUCCUAUGGCAGACACACCGGUAGUUACCUUUUGGGAAGGAGAGAUCGUUGACACCAAGAAUUAUACUUUCUUCACUGGAAAAUGGGAAGCAACACCAGAGGAUGAUAUAAGGCACUGGACCAAGUUUCCUUCUUUUUCGGCUCUACAGAGCCAUGUGGAAGUUGAUGGCGGAAAAUCAUUAGAUCUGAGUAACUAUCAAUACAUAUUCAUGAGAUGGAAAGAGCAAUACUUUGUGAAUGUUGGCACAGACUGUGGGCUGACUAUAGCUGGCUUUUACUAUGUCUGUUUCUCUUGUAGUGAUGGCUCCAUCAAUGGUUUCUAUUACGAUCCUAACAGCAGCCCAUUUCAGAAGCUUGAGCUGAAAUCCACUAACGAGGGGAGACAAGGUUUCAGCUUUUCAUCAUACGAGCUGCGAUAGAGUUGAAUAUACCUAUGUAUCCUACCAGAAAUUGGACAACUUGGGAAAUUUGUUGUACAAGCAUUGAAUAUCCCUUAGCUACUUUUAUCUGCUAAUUACCGUUUCUUAUUGACUUGGGGGUGAUAUGAAAUCAACGCAUGUUUAGCCAAACUUUCAAAUCAGAAGUUGAAUUUAUUAUUGUGAUCA